UCUUCUGGAUCCAAUACCAUUCACAAUUCACAUUCUUGCUUUUCAAAAAAAAACAAUUCACAUUCUUAAACACUCUCUAGCAACGCGGGCUUAAAUACUAGUAACUAUAUAACGCUUUGCUAUGGAUGGUGCAAGUAAAGCAGCGAGUAUAUUAAUGCCUCCUCCUAAGGCCGUGGCUGCAACUCCUUCGAUUGCUCCGAGUUCGCCUCCGGUAUCGUUGGUUGUGAGCCCUUGCGCGGCGUGCAAGAUAUUGAGGCGGCGAUGCGCGGAGAAAUGUGUGUUGGCGCCGUACUUUCCUCCUACUGAUCCUCUCAAAUUCACCACGGCUCAUCGUGUUUUCGGAGCCAGCAACAUUAUCAAAUUUUUGCAGGAAUUGCCGGAGCACCAAAGGGCUGAUGCAGUAAGCAGCAUGGUAUACGAGGCUAACGCAAGGAUCAGGGACCCAGUCUACGGCUGUGCAGGAGCAAUAUGUCAGCUCCAGAAGCAAGUAAACGAGCUUCAAGCCCACCUAGCCAAAGCACAAGCCGAGGUCGUGACCAUGCAAUGCCAGUAUUCCAAUCUCAUGACUUUAAUCUCCAUGGACUUCGAUCACUCUCCUCAGUCCUCUCCUGAUCAGCAAUCUUUCGACAAUUUGUCGACCAAUGAUAUCAGUUUUUUCGACGAUAAUAAUCUUGGGUCGUUAGAAUUGGAUUCUCUCUGGACUUGAAGUAGCCGAUGGUCAUAUCAUUCGAAAUCUAUACUGAAAUUAAUACUACAUGGAUUAUUCCAUGACUCCAAGCUAAUGCUAAGGAGAUAGUAUAAUGAAUAAGUUUGACUAGCUAGCUAGAGUUAAUGUUGUUUGGUAUGGAUAAGGUUUAUUAAAGCGAGGGUAGUUAAAUUUGGUCGUAGUUAUUUAUAAGUGACUCCAUAAAAAUAGAGACACGAGUUCCCUCCAUGUUGUCCUGGCUAAUUUAUGGGUAUACUUAUUGAAGCAUGGGGGGAUAUAUGUCGUUGUAUUACGUCCAUUCCUAUACCUAAAUGUUAAUUUUGGCCACCUAAUUAAUUAUCAACUUUGACCA